CAUCCCUUCUUACCGACUACUUUCACCGUUUUGACUUCUGCAAUGUCCAGGGAGGCCCAGAAUACCCUUUGCAGCGUGUACAUGUGUUCUGAUUGAUUUUUGUCAGUGCACGCUAUCUCACUGGAAGCAGCUGACUGUAUGUCUGUUGGGGAAGAGGGUUACUCGUACCCGAGGCGUCACUCACGUACGGUGAACCUCACACCGUCCAGCAUUGUCAGCCAUUAUGAUCCUGUCAUACUGGCUCCGAAUUCUGGUGCCAUGUCAGCGUAACGCCACUGUACCUUCGCCAGGUACUCUAGAGAGAAUGUCACAUAGGCGUAUCGCUUGCACCUAAUGAUUCACUUCCCCGCGGUCCCCCCAAACCUCACUUGGAGUCGGACGUCUAUUCGAGAGCCGGACCCGAUGUCACGGCCGGCACUCCUGUGUCUUUUCUUAGACAGAUUUUGACGCAGCUCGUUUAACACCUGAAGAAUAUAUAGGUAGACCCAUCUCAACUCAAGCCCCGCGAGUGUUAGCUGUAGGUUAAAUCAACGCAAGCCAAGAUAUCAGACCCUGACGUAUGUCACGGGCCUGCACGUUGUCUGGUGCCCUUCAAUGCGGCGAAAUUACCGAUAGCCCACCGAUCCUUUCUUCUCCUGAAUCCCUUUAUUCCCACCUGCGGCGUUGACUGUCCGUGGGAUUAGUUCUGAAAUAGCUCCCUGCUCGAUCAGGUUCUUCGAAUCUGUCGAGACGCGGUCCAUGAUACAUGACUAGUACGACUUCAUGCAGUGAUUCUUCGGUUCAUGUGCGGCCGUCCGUCAACUGUCCGUUGUAUUCGCCCCUUGCCGAACGCUCCGAAAUGAACUGAGACAGCGGUGGGUAGCUUGUGUUGAUCGUGUGGUGGGUACCUUGUACUCUUUCUUUUAUUCAGUGACAUGAAGUCAAGGCCCAUGGCACCCUUGCUUUUACCUACCCACUCUGUGUCUUGGUCCUGUCUGCCAAGAUGGCGUCCAUUAAAUUAGAACGACCUCUUCCUCCUACUCCUCCCCUUAGCGACGAUGAACAGUCACCUCGCUUGUUCUGUCAUCUCCCCGACGUUCUCAGCAAGCUCUCGAACCCUCAACUGCGAUAUGAACGCAAGAUGGGGGAUACCGAGCUAUCUUAUUUCCUGCCUUCCCGUCAGUCCGGAGUGAAUGAUAUGUAUCUUCAUUUGGGAUUCCGUGCUGCUGAGCAAUUCGUCAGGCGUUCUCGAGUUGCAACAGUAUGGGCUAUACUGCGCCUCAGACACCCGUUGCUCGCAGCAACCGUCGAGAUGCACGACUAUGAUGAUGUUCGAUUCGUAUAUUCCGCACCAACAAAUGUUGACGAUGCUCUUGCCGACGCGAACUCAAACCUGGAAUACAGAGAUCAUUCCAAGGAUGUUCUGAUUGAUUCGUACUUGAAUGGUCCCCGAACACUCUCGAAUUCGCGGCUGUCGUAUCUCAUCGUCUCUUCUCCAUCGUCUCAUUCCAUCCCGACACCACCUCUCACGCCUACUUCUGCCGAGGAGUUAGCAACUGAUUUGCAACCUGCCGUCGAACGCCCCGAAGACAAGCAACAUGAUAUUCUUAUUUGUGCAAUGCACUUCUUGGGCGACGGAAUGGCUCUCCAUGCCUUUGCAAAUGAUUUCUUCGGCUUGCUCGGAAGUGAGAAAUCAGACUCUGAGCUGAAGCUCCAACUGGUCGACGAAUGGGAGAUGCGUUGGGGUAGUCCUGCUCACGAUACUUCAAUUCUGCCGAGAUCUUUAGAGGAGAAUAUGCCCGUCAAGUGGACCAGGAUACGUCGGGCGGCGGCCCGUGUAGACUUCUUGAUGUCCCAAGAGGAGCUCGUAGGCGGGCAAGUUUUCCCGCGCCGCAAGCACCCAGAGCGUCACACUGUCGUUCCCACUGUGUCAUUCCCUACAGACCGCACCAAAGCAAUGCUCAAGAAAUGUAAAUCGAAUGGCGUUUCAAUAUCGGCAGCACUAUUUGCAGUCUGCAAUGUCGCUUGGGCGCGAAUGGGUGGUGGGCGGAAAGAACUCCCCAUCAUGAUGUAUUCGGCUUUGAACCUGCGACCGUAUUUCACUGUAAAGCAGCCUUCGCCCUGGGACUCCUACUGGUUCCUCGCUAUCGGAUAUUUCAACGUGAUCCUCCCGAAUUUCCUCCCUCAGGAUGGGGACAAGGUGGAGGCGAUCUUUUGGCAUCGUGCACGGCAAGCGAAGGAACAGAGCACUGUGGCCGCCAAACACCCCCUGGUUGUUUCCAGAACUCACGAAAUGGCGAGAGAGAGGGGCAAACGGGCGAGGCGCUGGGGGAAAGAAGAUGAUGAGAAGGAGAAAGGAACAUGGACACCUCCAUGUCCCCCUUCCACCUCAUCGCCGCCUCUUGAGCCCGUCCUUCCUGCGCGUGCUGAAUCAUCGUCGACCGCUCUUCUGGGUCUAUCGCUACUUGGUAACUUGGACGGGAUAUACAAGCAUGCCAACUUUCCAUCCAUUCGAAUGCACACUUUGACUACCGGGUCCCGACAACGUCAUGGGGCCAUGCUGUUGUUCGGUUAUACCUUCGCUGGGAAGCUAUGGGUCAGUUUAGGUUACGAUGAGAAUGGUUUUGCAGGUGAUGUGGUUGAUAGUUUCUGGGCCGAACUUAUUGGAUGCAUGGAAGAGUUCCUCGGGUAGAUAGGCAAUGACUCACCAGGAUACCAAUAUGGGUUAUUUGGACUUUUUUUUCGGACAAUAGAUAUGGACCUUGUUGUUGUACUUGUGAUAAAUAUCUGUACAAUAGACUGAUUCCCUCGUAUCCUUCUAUCUAACUUCGUGCGCCGUGCGUAGCUGAAUAGGAUUCCUUUG